CCGCGAGCCCGCAUCAUGGAUGUCGAGCUCUCCUAUUUCGCUUUGCUCGCCUUGGAAUCCGAGACUCCAGACGAGGACCAGGAUUCAUGAGCCGGUCCCAGGGGCCCAGGCAGGGGCCUCUGGCUCCCGUCGCUGGCCGAGAGGUGAUGAGUGAGAUCGGAAGAUCGCAAGAUUUAAAAAGCAACCGGGUCCUCCGUAUUGAAUGAAAGACCCAGUGCAAAGGCAUCACCAUGAACACGAGCAUUCCUUAUCAGCAGAAUCCUUAUAAUCCCCGAGGCAGCUCCAAUGUCAUCCAGUGCUACCGAUGUGGAGACACCUGCAAAGGGGAAGUGGUUCGUGUCCACAAUAACCACUUCCACAUCAGAUGCUUCACCUGCCAAGUGUGUGGCUGUGGCCUGGCCCAGUCGGGCUUCUUCUUUAAGAACCAGGAGUACAUCUGCACUCAGGACUACCAGCAGCUCUAUGGCACCCGCUGCGACAGCUGCCGGGACUUCAUCACCGGGGAGGUCAUCUCUGCCCUGGGCCGCACCUACCACCCCAAGUGCUUCGUGUGCAGUUUGUGCAGGAAACCUUUCCCCAUUGGAGACAAGGUGACCUUCAGCGGGAAGGAAUGCGUAUGUCAGACGUGCUCCCAGUCCAUGACCAGCAGUAAGCCCAUCAAGAUCCGCGGACCGAGCCACUGUGCCGGGUGCAAGGAGGAAAUCAAGCACGGCCAGUCGCUCCUGGCGCUGGACAAGCAGUGGCACGUCAGCUGCUUCAAAUGCCAGACCUGCAGCGUCAUCCUCACGGGGGAGUACAUCAGCAAGGACGGUGUUCCGUACUGCGAAUCUGACUACCACUCCCAGUUUGGCAUUAAAUGCGAGACUUGUGACCGAUACAUCAGCGGCAGGGUCUUGGAGGCAGGAGGGAAGCACUACCACCCGACCUGUGCCAGAUGCGUACGCUGCCACCAAAUGUUCACGGAGGGGGAGGAGAUGUACCUCACCGGUUCUGAGGUGUGGCACCCCAUCUGCAAACAGGCAGCCCGGGCAGAGAAGAAGUUAAAGCAUAGGCGGACGUCUGAAACUUCCAUCUCGCCCCCUGGCUCCAGCAUCGGGUCACCCAACCGAGUCAUCUGCGCUAAAGUGGAUAAUGAGAUCCUUAAUUACAAAGACCUGGCAGCUCUCCCCAAGGUUAAGUCCAUCUACGAGGUACAACGCCCCGACCUCAUUUCCUACGAGCCUCAUUCCAGAUACACGUCCGACGAGAUGCUGGAGAGAUGUGGCUAUGGAGAGUCGCUGGGAACACUAUCUCCCUACUCCCAGGACAUCUACGAGAACCUGGACCUCCGACAGAGAAGGGCCUCGAGCCCUGGCUACAUCGACUCCCCCACCUACAGCCGGCAGGGCAUGUCUCCCACCUUUUCCCGCUCACCUCACCACUACUACCGCUCUGGGCCCGAGAGUGGCCGGAGCUCUCCAUACCAUAGCCAGUUAGAUGUGAGGUCCUCCACUCCGACCUCUUACCAGGCUCCCAAGCACUUUCACAUCCCAGCUGGAGAAAGUAACAUCUACCGGAAACCCCCGAUCUACAAACAGCAUGGAGAUUUGUCAACAGCAACCAAAAGCAAAACAAGUGAAGACAUCAGCCAGGCCUCCAAGUAUAGUCCAGCCUACUCACCAGACCCCUACUAUGCUUCAGAGUCUGAGUACUGGACCUACCAUGGGUCCCCCAAAGUGCCCCGAGCCAGAAGGUUCUCAUCUGGAGGAGAGGAAGACGAUUUUGACCGCAGCAUGCAUAAGCUCCAGAGUGGAAUUGGCCGGCUGAUUCUGAAGGAGGAGAUGAAGGCCCGCUCCAGCUCCUACGCAGAUCCCUGGACCCCGCCCCGGAGCUCCACCAGCAGCCGGGAGGCUCUGCACACAGCUGGCUAUGACAUGUCCCUCAAUGGCUCCCCACGGUCCCACUACCUGGCUGACAGCGACCCCCUCAUCUCCAAGUCUGCCUCCCUGCCUGCCUACCGAAGAAACGGGCUACACAGGACCCCCAGCGCAGACCUCUUUCACUAUGACAGCAUGAACGCCGUCAACUGGGGCAUGCGAGAGUACAAGAUCUACCCGUAUGAACUGCUGCUCGUGACCACAAGAGGAAGAAAUCGACUGCCCAAGGAUGUGGACCGGACACGUUUAGAGCGCCACCUGUCCCAGGAGGAGUUCUACCAGGUCUUCGGUAUGACCAUCUCUGAGUUUGACCGGCUGGCCCUCUGGAAGAGGAAUGAACUGAAGAAGCAAGCCCGGCUGUUCUAGGCAGAGGCUCUAUAAAUAUAUAUGCAUUUAUAUAAAGAUAUAUGUAAAAUCUCUAUACUGAA